UUAAAGUAUUUCGUAAACCAGACAGAACUACAUCAAUUUCUGUCGGAGUUAGUCGCUCCCGCUGGGCCAGUUCCUGCCCAGUACUGGUGCGCACGCAUCAAGUCCUGGGGAAGGGCGGUCCUGUUGCCCUGGCAACGGUUUCCCAGCUCCGUGCAGCAACGCACCAGGCCUUCAUCGCGAGAUAUACAGGACCUAGAAACCUUGGCCAUGGCUUCGGUGCCUCUUACGUCCUUCGCUGUAGGCGCGUCCUUCUCUGCAUCAGACGGGGUGCCUGAGACCGAGAAGAACUCUGGGGAGUCCGAGAACACCUAUAUUCUGAGGCCCAUUUUCCAGCAAAGGUUCAGACCCUCUGUGGUUAAAGACUGCAUCCAUGCUGUGCUCAAGGAAGAACUGGCAAAUGCUGAAUACUCUCCAGAGGAAAUGCCUCAGCUCACAAAACGUUUAUCAGAAAAUAUUAAAGAUAAAUUAAAAGAAAUGGGAUUUGACCGAUAUAAAAUGGUGGUGCAAGUAGUGAUUGGAGAACAAAGAGGUGAAGGAGUAUUUAUGGCUGCUCGCUGUUUCUGGGAUGCUGACACUGACAACUACACUCAUGACAUUUUCAUGAAUGACAGUUUAUUCUGUGUCGUGGCAGCAUUUGGCUGUUUCUACUAUUGAACCUUUGAACGCUGAGAAAAGAUAGGACUGUGAAGAAAUAUGGACUUUUUUAUAUUGUUAAAUAUCUUGACAAAAUAAACAUAAGUUGGCAGUUUGGGCUUAUAACUGAAUCUAUUGAGUUUUAGGGCUUAUAGUUAGUGUUUUGAUUUUGUAAUAUGACCUAACUACAUUUGGAAAGUAGAGAAAAGUUGGGAAAAAUCCAUAAUUCAAUUGUUCUAUAUAAGCAACUAUAAAUAUUUUUGUAUAUUGUCUACGUGUUUUUUUAUUUGCAAGGUUUAAAAAAAAGUAACCUGAUUUUUUUACUUCUCAUAAUGCCAUGUGCGGUUCUGUCAUUUUAUUUGCAUUAUGAUUUCAUAAGCAUAAUAGUUGCAUUUAUUCCAUUAGGUUAUACUAUUGGUUAUUUUUGCCAUGUCCUUAUUGAAAGACUGAUAUUUCUAAUUUUUCAGUAUUAUAGAUAACACUGAGAUGAAUUUGUGCAUAACGUUUUUUUCUACAUUUUGAGUUGUUCCCCUUACCUGUCACUCAUUGUUUUUACUCAGCUCUUUCCACCCUACACCUUACACAACUUAUUAACUUAAACAUGCAUCUGUUUUCUCCAGGGUUUUUCCAGUGCCAGAGUUUCUGAUAAGUCUGAGAGUUUCUAAGCUGUAUAUGAAAUUAGCCCUCCCUUAAGACUUUCUAAAAUUAUGUUGGUUACUAUCCCAGUUCCUACUUUCUUUGUAGUGAACCUCUCCUUAUGAGAGUCCCUAGUGUCUUCUCCAGCUAGCUGUUAUUGGGAGCACCUUAUUCUAUGAGCUGACAAGGAGAAAAUUCUGAGAUGUUCUAAAUUAAAUUAUAGCAUCCAGAGACUGAGAGAGACAGAACAAUUAGUCUGUUAAUAGCUGUGGACCAGCUAACAAAAGACUGCUCAUAUUCAUUAGUCUGUUAGAACUUCGGAUUAAUUUCCAGGUGGCUAUUCCUGUGAUUUUUCAAAAGGGACUAUAGCCAGGUGCCUUCCAACCCCAGGAGCCUCCUUUUCUUGUGUGCAUGAACUUUCUGGACUGUUGCUCAUUAAUCCAGAGGAAUGGACACUUCUUCCUGGUGGGCUCUGCACCUCUCCCAGAGCUGGCCGCACUUCACCUUCUCCCACCCUUUUUGCCUAUAGCUAAUAUAAAGUUUUUCAAACAGUUCACAUCAUUCUUCCCAGUCCCAAUCCCCAAUCGAUGAAUAAGAAACUAUUGUAAACUCCAGGAUGAUAGUUAUGUAGUAUGCUGCAGGGUUGGACUCCAUGCCCCAAGAUUGGUCUUCUUUGUGGCUAAAUAAAACCUUUUUCAGAGGGGGCGGGGAGAGAGAGACUUUCAGCUGUUGAAGUUAAAGUUUUGUUUAAAAGAGCCUUGUUCAAAUAACUUUGAAACUCAAAAGGGAAAGGAUCACAAUUUAAAUAUUUUUUUAUCCCUGGAUGCUCCUCAGCAGAUACAUAAAUAAGUGUACCUACCCUUUUUCUUCUUAACCACUUUCAAGCAUGUAGAUAAAAAUAAAAAUGAAU